AUGCCAUUAAACACAGAAUACUCAGGAAUAAUAACUACAACAGUUACAAGACCCCCAUCACCACCCAAAAGAGAAGGAAGAAAGCCAUUAUCGCCUUCUUCAUCUUCGUCAUCAAAGCUCGAAUCGAAAGAACAUUGGGAAGACACUGUAGAAAAUGAUCGUCCACACGAGGGAGAUAUUGAUAAUUCAAAUAAUUGGUCAUGGCAUGAACUUGGAAACGAGCAAUGUCAAAUUGUUAACGCGCCCAAUAGCAGUCUACCCAAUCUUCCACCAGAAGACACAACUCCAAAUAUAAUCAGAGACAACCGGGAAGCCGAACUUGCAUUACAAGAAAUGACAAGCGAAGAAAAUACUAAUAAAAACGCUAAUGUUGAAAGAAGAUCAUCGUAUGAUGAGUUGGAGAGAAUUUAG